GAAAUGACAAUAGAAGAUUGCAAUGCCAUGCAGCAAAUAAUCGCAUGUGAAGGGGAGUUCGAAAUAAAAGAAGUUGAUCAUGUUGGGACCAACUUGCAGCUGCUCCCUAAAUUACGAUUUUUAAAACUUGAGAAUCUACCGGAGCUCAUGAACUUCGAUUACUUCAGCUCUAAUUUGGAAACAACAUCACAAGGAAUGUGUUCCCAAGGCAAUCUUGAUAUCCACAUGCCAUUUUUCAGUUAUCAGGUUUCAUUCCCUAAUUUGGAGAAGUUGGAAUUCAUUAAUCUUCCCAAAUUGAAGGAGAUAUGGCAUCACCAACCUUCACUUGAGUCAUUCUACAAUUUGGAGAUCCUUGAAGUGUUACAUUGUUCAUGUCUGCUUAAUCUUAUCCCAUCUUAUUUAAUACAAAGGUUCAACAAUUUGAAAAAGAUAAACGUCCAUAACUGCAAAGUCCUAGAAUAUACGUUUGAUCUUCAAGGACUUGAUGAAAAUGUUGAAAUCCUCCCAAAGUUAGAAACCUUGAAGUUACGAAGACUACCUAGGUUAAGGUAUAUUAUAUGCAAUGAGGACAAGAAUGAUGGUAUGAGGUGUCUUUUCUCUUCUCCAACGCUCAUGGAUUUUCAAAACCUCAAAUGUCUAUCCAUCCAAGAUUGUGCAUACGAAAACAAUGAAGAGGGACAUGUUAAUACUCCUAUAGAAGAUAUAGUGCUCUUCGGCGAAAAGGUUUCAUUCCCUAACUUAGAGGAGUUAAAACUUGUUGGUCUUCCCAAGUUGAAGAUGAUAUGGCAUCACCAACUUUCACUUGAAUUCUUUUGCAAGUUACGAAUAUUAAGAGUGCAUAAUUGUCCACGUCUAGUCAAUCUUGUUCCAUCUCAUUUGAUACAAAGCUUCCAGAAUUUGAAAGAGCUAAAUGUGUAUGAUUGUAAAGCCCUAGAAUCUGUGUUUGAUUAUCGAGGAUUUAAUGGAGAUGGUGGAAUCCUCUCAAAAAUAGAAACAUUGACGUUGGAGAAACUACCUAGACUAAGGCUCACUAUAUGCAAUGAAGACAAGAAUGACAACAUGAGCUAUCUUUUAUCACCUUCCAAGUUCAAGGAUUUUUACCAACUCAAAGAGCUAUAUAUCAUUGAUUGUGGGAUGCUUUUGGAUGGAGAGGUUUCAUGUCCUCCUAAUUUGGAAGUGUUGGUUCUAAAAAGUCUUCCCAAUUUGAAGGAGAUAGAUGUUGGGAUCUUCGCACAGUUAAAAAUCCUAAUAUUAAAGAAACUACCUAGGCUAAGAUAUACAUUUGCUUCCCAGCUCAAGAAUUUUCACGAUCUCAAAGAGCUACACAUCAUUGAUUGUGGGAUGGAAGGCGGGAGAGAUGUCAGUACUCCUAGUAAUGAUGUAGUUCUCUUCAAUGAGAAGGCUUCAUUCCUUGAAUCAAGAGCCUCCACUGUGAACAAAAUUAUGGAUGCCUUAAGAGAUGACAAUAUCAACUUGAUAAGAAUAUGGGGCACGGCCGGUGUGGGCAAAACAACACUGCUGAAACAAGUGGCUCAACAAGCUAACCAACAACAGUUGUUCACCACACAAGCCUAUAUGGAUGUAUCCUGGACUCGAGACUCGGAUAAACUUCAAGGAGUUGCUGAACUUCAACAAAAAAUUGCAGAAAAGGUGUCGGGCGUGCCACUUUGGUUGCAGGAUGGAUCCGGAAUAACGGAUGAACUGAAGCGGAGACUGAUGAUGCUAGGGAAGAUCCUUAUUAUCUUAGAUGAUAUUUGGACGGAAGUUGAUUUGGUGAAAGUAGGAAUUCCUUUUGAAGGUGAUGAGACGCAAUGCAAAAUAGUGUUGGCUUCGAGAGAUGGAGACGUAUUAUGCAAAGACAUGGGCGCACAAAUAUGUUUUCAGGUGGAACCUUUGCCACCAGAAGAAGCUUGGAGUUUUUUUAAGAAGACAUCAGGUGAUUCCGUGGAAGAGGAUCUUGAACUGCGACCCAUAGCCAUUCAAGUGGUUGAAGAGUGUGAGGGUCUACCAAUUGCAAUUGUAACAAUUGCAAAGGCAUUAAAAGAUGAGACCGUGGCUGUAUGGAAGAAUGCCUUGGAACAACUCAGGAGUUGUUCACCAACAAACAUUAGAGCAGUGGAUAAGAAGGUUUACUCAUGUCUGGAGUGGAGCUACACCCAUUUGAAGGGUGAUGACGUUAAGUCGUUGUUCUUACUUUGUGGUAUGAUGAGCUAUUGUGAUAUUUCAUUGAAUCGCUUGUUUCAAUAUUGUAUGGGUUUGGAUUUCUUUGACCACAUGGAGCCAUUGGAACAAGCAACAAAUAAACUAGUUACAUUGGUGGAAAUCCUCAAAGCCUCAGGCUUGUUACUUGAUAGUCAUAAAGAGAGACACAAUUUUGAUGGAAAAAGAGCUUCAAGUUUGCUUUUCAUGGAUGCUGAUAACAAGUUUGUGAGGAUGCACGGUGUUGUUCGUGAAGUUGCCAGAGCAAUUGCAUCCAAGGAUCCUCAUCCAUUUGUAGUUAGAGAAGAUGUUGGAUUGGGAGAAUGGUCAGAGACUGACGAAUCCAAAAGGUGCACUUUCAUCUCUUUGAAUUGCAGAGCUGUGCAUGAGCUUCCUCAAGGGUUGGUAUGUCCAGAACUUCAAUUUUUUCUAUUGCAUAACAAGAAUCCUUCCUUGAAUAUCCCAAACUCAUUUUUUGAAGCAAUGAAAAAACUCAAAGUUCUAGAUUUGCACAAAAUGUGUUUUACAACACUACCUUCAUCCUUUGAUUCCCUUGCAAAUCUCCAAACAUUGCGUCUAAAUGGGUGCAAGUUGGUAGACAUUGCUUUAAUUGGAAAGCUAACGAAACUACAAGUUCUUAGCUUGGUGGGUUCUACAAUCCAACAAUUGCCUAAUGAAAUGGUGCAAUUGACCAAUCUAAGGCUGUUGAAUUUGAAUGAUUGCAAGGAGCUCGAAGUAAUUCCACCAAAUAUCUUAUCAAGCCUGUCUCGAUUAGAAUGUUUGUACAUGACUUCUAGUUUUACUCAAUGGGCGGUUGAAGGUGAAAGCAAUGCUUGUUUAUCCGAGCUAAAUCAUUUGUCUUAUUUGACAACUUUAGGUAUAGAUAUACCAGAUGCCAAUUUGCUACCAAAAGGCAUUUUAUUUGAGAACUUGACAAGAUAUGCAAUAUUUGUAGGCAAUUUCCAGAGGUACGAAAGAUAUUGUAGAACCAAAAGAGUGUUGAAGCUUAGGAAAGUCAAUAGAAGCUUACAUUUGGGGGAUGGAAUUAGCAAGUUGAUGGAGAGAAGUGAAGAACUAGAGUUCAUGGAAUUAAGUGGUACUAAAUAUGUUCUUCACUCAUCAGAUAGGGAAAUUUUUCUUGAACUGAAGCAUCUUGAAGUUAGUAGUAGUCCUGAGAUUCAAUAUAUCGUUGAUUCAAAGGAUCAACAGUUUCUACAACAUGGUGCCUUUCCUUCAUUGGAGUCAUUGGUUCUUAGGAGACUGCGUAACUUGGAAGAAGUAUGGUGUGGCCCAAUUCCAAUAGGGUCUUUUGGUAAUUUAAAAACUCUGCAUGUGACUUUUUGUGGUGAAUUGAAAUUUCUCUUUUUUCUUUCCACGGCUAGAGGCUUUUCCCAGCUUGAAGAAAUGACAAUAGAAAAUUGCUAUCUCAUGCAACAAAUAAUUGCAUAUGAAACAGAGUCAGAAAUAAAAGAAGAUGGACAUGUUGGGACCAACUUGCAACUAUUCCCAAAAUUGCGAUCCUUGAGACUCGAGAGGCUACCACAACUCAUCAACUUCAGCUCUGAGUUAGAAACAUCUUCCACAUCUAUGAGCACAAAUGCAAGGUCGGAAAACUCAUUUUUCAAUCAUAAGGUUUCAUUCCCUAACUUAGAGGAGUUGAUACUCAAUGAUCUAUCCAAAUUGAAGAAUAUAUGGCAUCAUCAACUUCUAUUUGGAUCCUUUUGCAAUCUACGGAUCUUAAGGAUGUACAAAUGUCCAUGUCUACUCAAUCUUGUCCCAUCUCAUUUGAUACACAACUUCCAAAAUUUAAAAGAGAUAGAUGUGCAAGAUUGUGAACUCCUAGAACAUGUUCCUCAAGGAAUUGAUGGAAAUGUUGAGAUCCUCUCAAAGUUAGAAAUCUUGAAGUUGGACGACCUGCCUAGGUUGAGAUGGAUUGAAGACGGGAAUGAUAGCAUGAAAUAUAUUUCCUCUCCUCUGACACUCAUGAAUAUUCAAAACUUCAAAGAACUACAUAUCACUAAUUGUAGAAUGGAAGACUUAUAGAAGAUGUAGUACUCUUUUGUGAAAAGGUGAAAGAAACUGCAGAAAAUGCUGAUGAAGCUAUGAGAUAACUUCCAAAUGCUAAUUUGAGGAUUUGUGGAUUUAUCAUUCAAAGGUUGUUCUCCCCAAGCCUCAUAGGAAGGAAACUCCACAUGGAGAGCUAUAUAGAAGGUGCAUUGGCUAGAUAAAUAUAACAUGGUACUCAUUUGCAGAUUCUAGAUGCUGAAGAAUAGAUAGGCCUGAAGCAUUUUAGGCCGGUAAAACCAUUGGGAUCUGGUGACACUGGCGGGUUUAGAUGGUUUUUCUAUUUGUUGCCCAACUUUUUGCCCCAAUUUUGUUGGAAUUAUGUUCUAUCCUAUGGCUCCUAUUUAGGAACCAAAGGAUUUAUUUCCCUUUUAGGCCUAAUUUGACUCCAUUCAUUUCUGGGUGUUGAAAAUUUUUCGUUUUUGAGAAGAUUUGCUUCUGGGUAUUUAUUGUGUGUUGUUUAUCUUGAAGAAACCGCAUCUAUCAGUUGCAAUUUGCUUUUACAGGAGCAAGUUAUAGGCAUGUUUCCUCUUGAUUCUUUCA